CACCCAAUGCCCUCCCUACAACGGAUACCGGGGCGACACAGACAGGGAGGUCAGACGAGUACCUGGUCGGCGGAGAGUCGUACGGUACAAAUAGGAGUGUCGGAUGCAGAGAGCGCAGGGCGGAUUGAGCAAGUCGGACGCGGCAAUAACGGGUCGAAGGGCGGGUUCAUUGACGGGGAGAAAAGAAUGGGAUAUCGAUGCAGAUUCCUGUUCCCGUCCAGCUGGGGAUCCUGUUCCACUGCACUGGGACAGGCGGGGUCUUGCUGACGACUGGGAAAAAAAGGAGUCGACGAAUCAAGACGAACCCAGCGACAGCACCGCCAGCGCAGCACUUGGUAACCAACGGAUGGGAUUAUCGUCAACAGAUCGAGGUCGGGUUCCAGGAGUUCGUGUUGUUCGAGGUGGAGCUGCAGUUCGAGCUGAAAGUGAAGAUGGAGUCCCGAUCCCAGUCCCCAGCACCCACCACGUUCGAUCACCAGCUCUGUUCAGCCAAGCCGCACGGGAAUACUCCUGUGUAGUAGUAGCAGUAUCGCGGUCCGUAGUAUAAUAGGAUCAAUGUACACGGGCGAGUAAUAUCAUGGGCGAUACAAAUAUUUGCUUCUUUCAUCGGUGUACA